UGGCUGCGUUUCUUAUCCAAACCUCUGGAGCUGGGAAAUAAAAACCUUCAUCUCUCUGCACCGUCUCUCCUCUUCACCUUCUUCAGACUGAGGCGACCCGGCUCUACACGUUGUGUGACCCACGUCCUGCGGAGAGAGGAGGAAGAUUUUUGAGGGAAAAUGGAUCCACUCACGCUUUGAGGGAUGAAAGAUCAUUUUUCUCUUUAACCCUUUCUGCUCCCAGAUCUGCGAACAAUCAAGUCUGAUUUCAGCUUCCCAGCAGAAGAUGAUGCGCCAGGUGACCAGCAGUGACUUCUGCAUGAGCAGCCGGCCCUCGUGCCUCGCGGAGGACGGCCACCACCCCGCCUCCCACUUCGACCUGUGCGCCUCCCAGUCCAACAAGUUCUACCCUCCUCCCUCGUCGUCGUCCCUUCAGAUGACCCUGACGCCCAUGGUCUUACCCGCCCUGAGCCACAAGCCCAUGGUGUGCCAGCGACAGGAAGUGCUCGAGGGUAAGAUACCAGGCAUUAAAAGCUCUGAUCAAGCACCAGACGAUGCCAAGAAGAAGAGCAAGGCUGCGGGGAAGACGGGCAGGCGCGGGAGGCCUUUGGGAACCACCAAGCUGGCCGGAUACAGAACCAGCACUGGUCGACCACUUGGCACCACCAGAGCUGCUGGUUUCAAGACGAGCCCAGGGAGGCCACUGGGUACGACCAGAGCGGCGGGGUACAAGGUCAGCCCCGGUCGGCCCCCCGGCAGCAUCAAGGGCUUCUCUCGCCUCAACAAACUGGCUUACGGUAGCACCUGCAGCGGAGCGGCUUUCCCCUAUCCGCUGGCACACAAAGAACUUCUCUGUGAACCCUCCUGCAAAGAGAAGACGACAAACGUGUGAAGGCUCUGUUUCUGCUCCCCCCCCCAUAAGUGGAAUAAGUGAUGCACGUGUACAGGUUUCCUUGCAGGUGUUUGGGGGAGUGGGUGACUGUAAUCUUUUCCAGUCUGCUGUGACUGAGACGAGAUGAUUUUCUAUGACUGGUGUUGGUGUCAUCUGUGUGCCUGCCACUUGAUAUAACACUGUUACUUUUACAGUGCUACAUCUGGAGAUCUAUAACCUGUGGAAGGUUUAACUACUCUACACUGUUUCUGUCAUCGGGGGGGGGGGGGGGGGGGGAGAGAACUCCUGAUGUUCACAGAGCAAGGUGCUUUUAACUUAGUAACAACUGUGGUGGUAAUUCAUUUCUUAUUUAUUUUUCAUUUUAACAUCAACAGAUAGUUGAAGUAUCCAUUUUAAAAUGUUUAUUGCAGCCACAAGUGUGUGAACCUUUCUGAGAUGUUUACAGCACAAAACAAGGACUGAUGGACUUUAAGUUAUCGUCAUACUAGAGUUUAAAUAUCAUAUCAGGUCGUGAUGGACCGUCGCAUUUUUUCUUUCUGUUUAAUCAAACAAUAGGAAAUAAUUAAGAAGGGGGACAAGCAGCAAUGUCGUUUUUACAGUCUUUAAUUGACCAUUGUGUCAUAUUUGUAAAAUGGCAAUAGAUAAUCACACACUUAAAACUGAAGUCUAGUUAAUACAACCUUUUCCACUCAAACUUAACACCCAGAAAAAUACUCCUGUUAAUAAACUCACUCAUCACUGUUCACUCUCUAAAGGUCAAGCCACUAAAUGUCUUCAUGUUACUUGCAUGCAAAUCUUCUCAAAGUCACAGAUUCUUGUAUAAAAUCCAAGUCAGUACUAUCUUUUUCACUCAAAAGUAUAAAGCAAAAAAUGCAGAGACGUCCUGCUUUUUAAUACAACCUGCAAAGAUGAGAUGAUGUGCCCUAUGGUUGCCUCAUCUGCUCAUUAGUCACCCUGGAAAAGUUGUUUUUUGUGUAUUUGUGAAUGAACAGUGUUGAUAUUUCCUGUUUGUUUCUUGAUCGCUCUUCACAAUAGUAAAAUAUGUCAUAUUUCCUCUUUGGCGCAGAUGUUCGAAGCCCCAGACUCACUGGUGGACUCACAGUUGAAAUGAGGAUUUGUCAGUGGACUCUUGUUAGGACUGUUCUAUCUGGAGUGCACUUGUCUCCUUACCAAGGACUAGGUGCUGCUACACAAACCAAAAUUUCACAUUUUUAUAAUAAAAAAUCAUAUUUCUCAAAAGCAUCUGUGCUGGAAUUGGUUUCAACCCAAAGCAGCAAAACUAAAAGUGUACUCAGUUCAAUAUACAUAAAAUAUCAUGUCAUAUCGUCUCAGUGAGGAAGUAAUCGAGAGUAAAAAUCUAUAAUAUGUUCAGUCUCAACUUUAAAUAACUGAUGAUUUUUGGUCAUUUAAUAUUUAUUACGUUCUAAAUUGUCUAUUGGCAACAUUUCUAAAAAUAUUUAUUUUGUGGUUGUCAAUCCAAUCUUACUAAAUUUGGACUUCCUGUUUUGUAAAGUCUUAACUUACACAACAGAAAACAGCAUAAUAAGGUCAGUGUUGACUUUGUGACGUUAAAUGCACAUUGCUUUACACAGAGUGGAUGCUUUGUAAUUUUGUCUUGUAUGGAAAGUCGUCACCCAAAGAUUUAAUCACUUGUGCUACAUUCAUAUUGAUUAUUAUUUGUCCCAAAUUUUUUAACAGAAUCAGCUUUGUCACAGGAACAUGUCAACGACAAUGAUUAACAUGGAAGUUGUCUUAUAGUUGUUCAGCGAUUUUACACAAAAUAUCCUAAAGGAAGAAACAUUUAUUAUUAUUAUUAUUUAUUUGAUACUCACAUGACACAUGUUUGGAUUUAUUAAAUUAGUGCAGAGGAUAUUAUUGUGAACAAAUGACCCCAUUGCUGAGAAAGCUCUCUGAGCUGGUUUAUAUUCUGCGUUUUUACAAUGUGAGCUGCCAGUUUGAAUUUCCAUGAGAUAUCUGCAGACAGGGGGCGUUGUUUUUCCAGAACGACAAGCCAAAACUCAUAAUUAUCAGGAACAGGAAAACAAGACUCAAAGGUUUAAGAAUUUGGCAAGUACAGAUUGAUGUCUUAGUGUCUUAAUCAGUUUUUUACUUUACAUAGUUGCUCGUAAAAUAAUUGUAUCAAUUGUUUUAAUCAAUCUGUCCAGUUUUUAUAGAAAUAUAUAAUUUAAGGGUCAAAUUCAUAUAAAAAUUGUUUAAUUAGGUAUCUACAAUAUAAAGUACACAAUCAUAGCCUCGUAUAGCACUUGAAUCAGAAGCUGAUGUUUGUCUGAAAUUCAGGCAGAAAUUAAGAAAUGGACUAGUUUGAUUGGUUUACUGUUCACAGGUAUUUCACAGCAUGUUCAUUGAAUCGUAAAUACAGUCAUUCACAUGUAGUCAAACAUGAUUUUGAUCUAAACUAUUUGCCACUGUGUCGGUUUCUGUUCGGGAGUUUGAUCUUACAAUUUGCCUGAAGAACAAACAUUGGUAUAAUUCAUAUGUUGGGAAUUCAGUUUAAGAAAGUGGAGACAUUUAUUUAAUUUGGUGCAAUAACCUGUCGUAUGUAUAUUGUACUGUGUAAACUUUGAUACUAUCACUUUUUAUUAUUGUUGUAUUUUGAUACUGUUGUACAAGACCUUUUCUCACUGGUUUAGUUGACGUGUGUUUGUGUUAACAGAGGUGAUUGAAACGUCAAAUACAAACACUCUCUCCACCCUCUACCAAAGAAUAUGAUGUUAACUAACUUUAUUUGAUAGAAGAAAAUAAUCCAAUGUCUCACAAAGUAACCUGAGCAUGAAAACUUCUGUAUAAAAUGUAAAUGAGAAAAGCUCUGUCCCAUGAAAGAUGGUACGAUUGUUUUGAUUAAUGCAAAAAGCUUUGAGUAAUCACUGCGUCUAAAGCCUCGAAACACGCAGGUGUAAUUGUUUCAUGGAUAGUCGAUUGGGAGGAUUGUAAAUUUCAACACAUUGACGAUAUAAAGUUAGGUCCUUGUUUUAAUUCUGCGUUGGAAAAAAAGGUCUCUUUUCAUAGAUUUCAUAUGUAGCCACGUGUUUGAUGUUGGACUGAACAUUUCUUGUUGAGGUUAUGGCUGAAGUGAUGCCGGCCGGUCGCAUAAUCCUGAGGUUUGUGUCUUCUUUUACAGUUUAAGUGUUUUUUUGUUUUAUAGUUUUUAGAUUCACACAUUAAGAGUAAUAGGAUCAAAAUGCUGGUUGGAUGCACUGUUAAUUACAUCUGCCUUUUUCACAGCAGAUAUUUAGAUAGAGAUCGAAAGGUACAUGCAGGCUAUAGAUAAUAAAGUUAAUGAUGGUUUGAUUCUAUUUAGCUAAUCGGUAUUGUGCAGGCUGACAUCUUGACACUUGAAUAGAUCAUCAAUGUUGUUUGUUACACUUUGAGACUUGUCUGCUGUGAAAAAGGUAUUCUGUCUGUCUCAGUCAUCUCCCUCUGUUGUAGUCGCUCCUGAAACCUGAUGAGCAUUUCUCACUGAAAAGCUGAAACAUGUUUGACUUUUUGUCCUUAUUCUUGGCUAACUGGGUUUCUACCAUAGACUUUAUCCACUGUUGCUGCAGCAGCUACAGCUCUAUUGACUUCUGACCUGGUGCUUACUUUGUUGGAGGCUGCUCCACAGCUUCCUGCAAAGGCUCAUGAAGGUCUUGAUCUUGUUUAUGAUGGAGUUUGGUGAAAAUAAUUAACAUUUACAUUAAUUGAAUACCACAAAUUUGAAAACUGUACCCCCCUCCUCCUCAGUGAUGUCCCAUUGAGAUUGUAGCCUUGUCCUCUGUCCUUGUAUCAGAUUCAGUCAAUCAAAGUGUCCCUCCAGUCUGAUUAUCAGAUUGCAAGGUUACAUUGUAAAUCUUGAUUUUUUUUUAUUUAUUAUUAUUUAUUAUUAUGUUAUUGUGAAUCAUGUUUUCAUUAUCUAGAACAGAACAUCGUUCCAGAACAGAAAAGCUGUUUGGCUCUCUCUGAGUUAGGGGGAUAUUUUUUUUGUUGUUGAUUGUAAUCACUCAGGUAAUAUCAGGUUAUUAUUCUACAAUUUUUUUUUCAGAUCAGUCUUGGUUGAUGUUCGUGUAGUUGAGAAAAUUGAUUUAAAAAACAUAACACGCUUCAGCUCGAUGAAGGAAAACCUGUAAAUUAAUCUGUAAAUGUUGGUUUAUGGUUAUGUCAGGGAAAGUGGGACUUUUGAACGCUCAUCUGAUCAGCAUCAAAGUGCUUGAAGUGAAAAUAGAUUGUUCAGACUAUAGGACUAGAAAUGGCUGAUGUCAGAUUUCGAUAAGAAUUAAAGCAGGACUUCUUCAUCACAUGAACACCUGAAUAACACAUGGAUUUGGUGUCAUAGUAUCACAGACAUGUGAGGUGAUCAUAGACUAAAGUAUGAAAGUUAAAGACGGGGGUACGAGGCCAGUGUCGUGACUGAUGUAUUGGCCAGUAAGGUUUAACCUUGAAUCACUCUCUGGGUCUUUAUCUGUUUCACUGGUAAGUUCAUAUCUAAAAUAAUUUGUCAAAGGUGUGGACAAGGUGUUACAAUUUUAUGCUGCUGAAAAAAUGUUUUCCCUGUUUUUGUAUUUGUUCAUUGGGUGGAGUGCACUGACAUUCCGGACCUGGACCCUGAUUGAAAGAUGAUUAUUGAAGGUGGAUUAAUGAAAAACAGACUCAGUAAAGAGGUUGAUUUAUUCACCUUCUUGUCAUUUGUAGCGAUAAUAUUCCAAGUUCAAUCAGCACUCUUACUUUUUGAGUGAAUAUUUUUUCUCACACCACCUUUCAGUGUAAAAUCCUGACCUGGUCCCUUAUCUUAAAAUAUUAUUUUGAGUGGGUUUUGGUUGGAGAAGAUGUGAAGCUCAGUUAUUCCAAGUGUGUGACUGGAGAGGCCUGUGAAGCUUUGUAUCAUUCCUACUUUAUUCCUGCAUGAUUACUGUGGAAUGCUCAAAAGUUGUGUAAUAAA